AUGCGGCUCUCAUUUGUUUUCUGCGCUCUUGCCAGCGCCGCUUUUGCGAUGCAAGAGUCUCUAGUCGCGCGAGACUACAACGUCAUCACGACAGUGCUGGCCAAUGUCACAGAUGCCGUCAAGGGCCUGUCCACCGUGGCCGAGUCUGGCAAGGCUGACCCGGCCACCCUCCUCAAGGCCUCGGAUCGCAUCGUUCAGUCCAUCAAGAGCGGUACUGCCAGCGUCAACGCCACGGGGAACCUGACCUUUGUCGAGACCGUCCAUCUGAUCGGGCCGGUUCACAAGAUGUCGCAGUUGUCGGCUGGCCUUACGAAAAACAUGGGCAACAUCAAGGGCUCGAUAGAGAAGCAGAACCUGUGCGAGGUCGUGCGACUGCAAAUAGGAAACAUCAACCAGGGGGCAACUUCAUUGAUCAAGGCCAUCAACAACCGGGUCCCCACAGCUGCCGUUGACAUCUCCCAAGCAUUGUCUCAGGGCAUCAUCGAUACUCUGAACGAUAUUCAGGACGAAUUCUCAGACCAGAACUGCGUCAAUGGCCGCAAUGAAACGACUACGUCGGCCAGUUCACGCCUUGCCUCUGGACACGCACAAGUCGUCUUCACUGUUUCUCUUGCCCUCGCUGCAGUUUUUGUCAUCUUCUGA